AGUGUUCCUCCUCAGCACAGCAGUUAGCACGAGCUUUUUGAACCUAAGUAAAAUAUACUUCAUAGUGGCUGAUUGAAGAAAGUGGUGCUCCUGCUGAAUGUCAGGCCUGUUUGAGAAAUAAUUCAGGAAGCCGAAAGAUUGUAACUACAAAGGAAAGUCCACUUCAUUCUUAAGUUAGUAUUCCAUUAUGGGGGAUGACUCUGAGUAGUAAUGUUAUAAAUGUCUUAAAAGUCUCUCAGUCACCUGCAGGACCAAAAUGGACAGGCCAUCCCAGGUGUGGUGGUCCCUGUUGCCAGACAACACUGCCUUGAAGCAGCAGCGAUUGCCAGCCUACCGGCUGCAGCUCUCAGCCUCCAAGGUCCUCUCUGGCUUCUUUGCCACGGGAGCAUUGUGCCUGGGCAUGGGCAUCAUCCUUCUAUUGUCUGCAAAGAGCACCAAGGAAAUAGAGAUAAAUUACACAAAUAUAUGUGCAAAUUGUGCAAAACUUCGGGAAAACGCCAUUAAUUUUGACAAAAAAUGCUCCUGCUCCAUUCCUUUUUACCUGCCAGAGACAAUGGAAGGUAAUGUUUAUAUGUACUACAAAUUAUAUGGCUUCCAUCAGAACCUCUAUCAUUAUAUUCUAUCCAGAAGUAAUAGCCAACUGAUGGGUAGAAAUAUAAAGGAUGUUGAACGCUGUGAUUCAUUCAAAACGACCCACAAUGGAACCCCCAUCUGUCCUUGUGGAGCUAUCGCCAACAGCAUGUUCAAUGACACCAUCAUUCUUUUAUAUAAUAUUAAUUCAUCUAUAUAUAUCAAAGUCCCAAUGCUAUCAAGUGGAAUUACAUGGUGGUCAGACAAGUUCAUCAAGUUUCAGAAUCCAACUUCCAAUGAUCUUCCUAGUGCAUUUGCAGGAACUGCAAAGCCCCCAAACUGGCCUAAGCCUAUCUAUGAACUGGACGAAGUGGACUCAGGGAACAAUGGCUUCAUCAAUGAGGACUUCAUUGUGUGGAUGCGGACAGCUGCCUUUCCCACUUUCAAGAAACUACACCGUCAACUCAAUCGAGUACAGCAUUUUACUGAAGGUUUGCCUGCUGGUAACUAUAGUUUCGACAUAACCUACAACUUUCCAGUCACCAGAUUCCAAGGCGAGAAGUCAGUCGUUCUUUCCACCCUGACGUGGAGCGGGGGCAGCAGCCUUUUCCUCGGUCUCGCCUACACAGUGACAGGCGCCGUGACGUGGUUGGCCUCCUUUUCCAUGAUGGCGAUUCACUUGAUGCUGGCCAAAAGGAAAAUGUUCUUCCCCAACUACAAAGUCAAGCUUUGAAAAGAAGAGCAGAAAGCACGGAAGUGGACGGUGAAGUGACAGAGCCAAAGACCUCUGACGAGGCUGGAAGUGACUGGGAUAUUUCAAGGGGGACUGCACUGAGGGGCCAGGUUCAAUCCCAGGUGGAUAAAUGCGAGUUUCCGGGGAGGCGGAGAGGAGGAGGGAAAGGCAUACUAUGUAUAGUAAAAUGUCCUUGAGGAAGAUAAAUCAUCCUUGAGCUCUGAACCAAGUCUCAGAUAUUUAUUUAAAGCCCUUGUGCCUAAGGGCGGGUGAGUGCCUGGGA